UGGAAUGGCUCAUCAUAGGAUAUCCUACGUUAAUCCACAAAGCGACAAUUACUACAUGAGAAGACCAAACAAGAAAACCGACUACAAAGUGUUUCACCAAAUCCCGUCGUCUUCAAUGUUGUUAACUAGUUAUGAUCCUUUUUACAGUCCUCUGCUCUCCCGAUUGGACGCUGUGUUCCAGCAAUUGGGACUCGGGGACGACAAAUCCCCGGAAAAAGAGAGGUGUAGAGAGAGGCUGGUGUGUUUGAUGUAUGCUAAUCCCGCCAAGUACGCGCCCUACAGCAAUCUUGUAUCGGCACAGCUCAGCAGGGAACUGAAUGAAUUAAGGAAACCGUCUUCUGAUAAUCCUGAUAUACUUCGAUUUUUCCGUUACAUGAAAGCAGCCAAAGAUGGUCAGGAUGAUGAAGAAUGUCGGGCCCAUGGAGGAUGUCCGUCGCUGUCUGCAGAUAAACCUAGUCCAGCAAUGCUCACUACUUUUAAUGAUAUCAAUAAGUUAGUUUUAGCUAGAAAAUUGAAGUGAAGAAAUUGAUUAUUUGUCAUUAGAAUAGUAUGUCUUCCAUUAUUUCCUACUCUUAUUUAUCAUAGUCAGAUCAUGAUCAUUAAAUCAAAUCACUAAGACGAAAGCAAAAAGGAAUGAAUUCAACAUUCUCGUAAUGAAUAAAAAAGAUAGUUGGAAUUUUUGGCUUUCACGGCUGGCGUCAAUGUUCUGGUUGGUUUCUGGGUUUUGCCGUGGUCUCCUUGGUUACAAUCUCCAAUUUUCGACCACGCCACUGAAGAUAACUGUCACAGUUGCAAUUGAAACUUUUGAAGAAUGUUAUCAAAGAAGAACACAAGAAAACCCGGAAACCAACCAAAACAGUGGGGUUAUUGCUAAAUUCAAAGUUGGACCUAUGGUCCAACUGAUAUGGAUUAUGUAACUCAUUUCUUACUCAGUUGAUUCACAAGUUUAACGAAAGAAUUGUUCGAGUAUUUGUCAAACUGUAUGUCUAUACGGUCAUAGAAAUAAACCAUUCAGUCUUGAUUACAAAUUUCAUAUAUCUCAAAUAUUUUCAAUUCAUUUUUC